CGGUCAUCUUCGGAGGAAAUCAUAAUUGACCAGUCAAUUCAAAAUAUAUCCCUUGAGAUAGAAAAUACGAGAGCCAGAACUCCACAUAUUGGGAUAUGUUCGAAUGACCAACAAUACGCUAGUCCCAUUCGAGUCUUCCGAGCCGUUUGGUUGUACGAGGUAUCUAAUCAGAUUUUUCGAUCGCCUUGCCCAACACCACCUACUCUCUCAGGGUCUCUUGGCCUCCUAAGAUGGCGACCAAGACAACGACCAAGCCGACGACCAAGUACACAAUUCCCCUCGUCUACUUAACGUCCUUCCUUUUCCUGUUUGGCGAAACGCUGCAGCCCGCGCCCCGCAUCGCAAUCUAUGAAUCCAUCGUGUGCCAGCAGCACUAUGCGUCUCCUGGCCCGCACGACUGCAAAAUCGCGCCCGUGCAAGAAGAACUCGCUUUCCUUGGGGGCAUCGAGCGCCUCUCUAUCAUCAUUCCGAGCAUCCUCGCGAUCCCAUUUGCGGCACUUGCGGACCGCUAUGGACAUUCUUUAAUCCUGGCUAUUGCCGUGUUCGGUGUGUUCCUCGAAGACGGGUGGCCGUUUCUGGUCUGCUGGUUCCCGGAGGUGUUUCCUAUUCGCUUGAUAUGGCUGCACUUUGUGUUCAGCUGCAUUGGCGGGGGGUUCACGGUUGUGGUGACUUUGUUGCAUGUCAUCAUCGCAGAUGUUGUGAGUGCGGAAGUCAGAACGACGAUGUUCUUCCGCGCAAGGGCAGCAGGAGUCGGCGCUAGCAUCUUGGGCUAUGCUGCCAGUGGGUUUCUGAUGAGGACAAGCGAGUUUUUGCCGUGGGCUGUUGGGCUUGUGAGCUUGAUACUCGGGACUGUUACUGCUACGUUGAUUCCGAGGACGACUGUUCAAAAGGACAACGAGUCUCACGGCGAUGGAGCUGUAGAGAGCUGGAGUAUGCGGUCUUCACUCGAAGCACUGAGAAACAUAGCCUCGAUACUCCUCGGUGACAAGCAAAUUCUUGCCAUGUUGCUACUUGUGUUCGUCUGCCAACUGGGCUUUGACUCUGUGCCGCUGAUGUUGGCGAUCUACGUGUCGAAGCGUUUUGGUUGGAGCUUCUCAAACGCUAGCUUUCUCAGCUCACUUGAGAUGGGAGUUGAAUUUCUUGCACUCGCCUUUGUCCUGCCAGUCCUCACGUCGAGCCUGCCUGCCGCUUUUCAGAAGGCAAGUGCCUUUGCUAAAGAUAAGUUGUUGGCUCUCUGGAGCCUUGCUGCCCUCGCUAUUGGUACGAUCUGCUUGGGCGUCGCGCCUGUAGUGGGAAUUGCAAUUGCUGGCAUUGUCGUUCUAGCUUUGGGCUCGGGACAAGAUUCGCUGACGCGAUCCAUGGCGACUGAGAUGGUUCAUACUGGUAGAAUCAGCACGAUGUACUCUGCAAUCACCAUGCUCCGCGCCAUUGGAGGCUCCGUCAGUGGGCCUAUGUACGCAUGGCUGUACAGCACUGGGUUGAAGCAAAGGGGAGAUGUCUGGCUGGGUCUUCCCUAUUUGGUUGCUGGUGCACUUUUCGUCACAGCGGUAGCUGUGCUGAUAUUUAUCCGCAACGCGAAGGAUGACGCAACGGACGAAGAAGCUCGCGAACCUUUGUUGGGGUAAGCAUAAUGCAUGUUGAGUAGCUACACAUUAGUUGACUCGGCAUGCAUGUUCCUGCAUUGUUCGAAUGGCAACUGUAUGCAUG